AUGCAACGUGCUGUGACAAUCGUUGAAGUUGGCCCGCGGGAUGGACUGCAAAACAUUCGGCAACAAGUGCCGACCCAGGUUAAGCUCCGGCUCAUAGAUCGGUUGCAUGACGCUGGUCUACGAAACAUCGAACUCACGUCCUUCGUUUCCCCCAAGGCUGUCCCUCAACUUAAGGAUGGACACGAAAUACUCAGUAGCCCAUCAAUUCGAUCAAUGCUCCAGAAUGACUCGCUUCGACUGCCUGUGCUUGUUCCGAAUCUCAAUGGCGUCAAGACCGCCGUGCGGUGUGGGGCGAAACACUUGGCCGUCUUUGUUAGCGCCUCAGAGGGGUUCAGCAAAGCCAACACCAACUGCACGGUCAAAGAAGGGCUUGAAAGAGCCAAGUUGGCAGCAAGAGAAGCCAAGGUUCAAGGACUAGAGGUCAGAGGAUACGUCUCAUGCAUCUUUUCCGAUCCAUUCGAUGGGCCGACUCCACCAGAAGCAGUAUUAAUAGUCGUACAAAAGCUCAUGGAAAUGGGCUGUUACGAGGUUAGCUUAGGUGAUACUCUUGGGGUGGGUUCGCCAGCCAAUGUGCAACGACUGAUUGCAUUUCUCGCCAACAAUGAUAUUCCUCUCCAUAAGCUGGCCGGCCACUUCCACGAUACCUAUGGCCAAGCCCUUGCCAAUGUAUGGGAAGCUCACAGGUGUGGCCUUCGUAUCUUCGAUAGUAGUGUUGCAGGCUUGGGAGGUUGCCCCUUCGCACCAGGUGCACAGGGAAACGUGGCAACUGAAGACCUGGUUUACAUGUUCGAAACAGCCGGAAUAUCAACAGGUAUCAACCUCCAAAAGUUGAUGACAAUAGGCGACUGGAUCUCUAGGAGUCUAUCUAGGAAAACAGCAAGCCGAGCCGGAGCAGCUCUAGCGGUCAAGGGCAAUGCUGAGUGUUCUAAAUCUUCAACAUCGACGAAUCCGCCAACGGCCAAGAGGGAAGCCUUGCCUUGGAUCUUAACGCAGCAGACGGACGGCUUGCUUGUGCAUCGGUGUGGAGUCAAUCUCAAAGUCACAAUGAACCGCCCGCACAAUGGAAAUGCGUUGACCGUCACCAUGAUUGAACACUUGGUCAAAGUCUUCCUUGACGCGUCUAACGACUCCACGGUCCAUCGCAUUGCUUUAACCGGGAACGGCAAGUUUUUCUGCACUGGCAUGGACCUUGGGAGACGCAGCACAACCGUUGGAACUAGCGGUCCAACUACAGACUCUCAGCUGGAUAGACUCUCUCGGUUGUUUAAUUCCAUUGAUAGGUGUCCCAAAGUAACAAUCGCGGCAUUGAAUGGGCCUGCCUUUGGUGGAGGGGUCGGGCUCGCAUUUGCCUGUGACCUUCGGCUCUGCGCGAAAUCAGCCUCGGUCACGCUGAGUGAAGUGAAGCUAGGUUUGUGUCCAGCAACGAUAUCGAAAUAUAUCGUACGCGAAUGGGGAAUUCCGCUAAGUCGCGAAGCAAUGCUGACUGGUCGGCCUGUUUCUCCAGAAGAGUUGCAAUCCAAGGGAGUUAUUAUUCGUGUGACUGAAGAUCCCGACCAAUUGGAGCGUUGCUUGGAUUCCUUGAUCUCUGCUCUCAAAAUUGCUUCUUCAGAUGCAUCAAGAAUGUGCAAGGAGCUGGUACGAACCGGAUGGGUCAAUGGAGGGCAUCAUGAACAAGACGAGGCCAUCAAAGGUCUCUUUGGUGAAAUGAUGAGGCCUGGUGCUCCGGGAAAUUAUGGUGUCAGGGAAUUCCAAGCUGGGCACAAGGUGGAUUGGGACAAUUAUUCGCAGAAAUUAGUUAGCAAGAUUUAA